AUGAGCAAUAUGGCAUUGGUGUUUUAACGAAAAGAUUCCGUACAAUUCAUAGCCUGUAUUCAUGACCUUCCAAUUUCAAUGUUCAAUAAUCUGAGCAAAACUUACCCAUGAAACUCUCUUCUCCAGAGACUAUGGAAUGGCAAGGAAUGGUUUGUUUAAGCAAGUUGUGGGUGACCUCUCUCUCCUCACCUCCUCACCCUUUGCCAAGCUACUCGACUCUUGUCUCCGAUCAAAAUCGGCACGAGACACUCGUCGAAUCCAUGCUCGCAUCAUCAAAACCCAAUUUUCCUCAGAAAUUUUCAUCCAGAACAGGCUGAUAGAUGUGUAUGGAAAAUGUGAUUGUUUGGAUGAUGCGCGCAAGGUGUUUGAUAAAAUGCCUGAUAGAAAUGCAUUCACUUGGAACUCGAUUCUAACAGCAUUAUCGAAAUUGGGUUUUCUUGAUGAAUCAAAAAGGGUUUUUGGGUCUAUGCCUGAACCUGAUCAGUGCUCAUGGAACUCAAUGGUUUCGGGUUUUGCUCAGCAUGAUCGAUUUGAUGAAUCACUUGAGUUUUUUGUUCAGAUGCAUAAAGAGAAUUUUGAGCUCAAUGAAUACUCAUUUGGAAGUGCACUUAGAGCUUGUGCAGGGUUGGGGGAUCAAAAAAUGGGUACCCAAAUCCAUGCUUCGGUAGCAAAGUCUCGGUAUUCAUUUGAUGUAUUUAUGGGGUCUGCACUUAUUGAUAUGUAUGCCAAAUGUGGGAGUGUGGCCUGUGCUCGAAAAGUUUUUGAUGGGAUGACUGAGCGGAACAUAGUGUCAUGGAAUAGCUUGAUUACGUGUUACGAGCAAAAUGGUCCAACAAGUGAAGCUCUUGAUGUUUUUGUGAGAAUGAAGGCAUGUGGAUUUGAACCCGAUGAGGUUUCCCUCGCCAGCGUGGUCAGUGCGUGUGCAAGCUUGUUGGCAAUCACAGAAGGUAGGGAAAUUCAUGCCCGAGCUGUUAAAUUUGAGAAAUUCAGAGAUGAUCUUGUUUUAAGCAAUGCAUUGGUUGACAUGUAUGCCAAAUGCGGUAGACUUGAUGAAGCCAGACGGGUUUUCGACAGUAUGCCAAAUAGAAAUGUGGUGUCUGAAACCUCCAUGGUAAGUGGUUAUGCAAAAGCAGCGAGUGUUAGAACCGCAAGAUUAAUGUUUGCCAAGAUGACAGAGAGAAAUAUAGUAUCUUGGAAUGCACUUAUUGCAGGUUAUACGCAGAACAGGGACAAUGAAGAGGCGCUAGGACUCUUUUGUCUUUUAAAGAGGGAAUCUGUUUGGCCGACACACUAUACCUUCGGGAAUCUCCUCAAUGCUUGUGCAAAUUUAGCUGUUUUGAAGCUCGGGAGGCAGGCUCAUACCCAUGUCUUGAAGCAUGGAUUUAGGUUUCAGACCGGAUCGGAGCCUGAUAUUUUCGUGGGAAACUCUCUUAUUGAUAUGUACAUGAAAUGUGGAUCGGUUGAAGAUGGGAGCUUGGUGUUUAAGAACAUGGUCGAAAGAGAUUGGGUUUCAUGGAAUGCUAUGAUAGUCGGGUAUGCCCAAAAUGGGCAUGGUGCAGAGGCUCUUGUUUUGUUCAAGGAAAUGCUGGAAGCUGGAGAGAAACCUGACCAUGUAACUAUGAUUGGAGUUCUUUGUGCUUGCAGCCAUGCAGGGCUGGUUGAGGAGGGACGCUAUUAUUUCCUUUCAAUGAGCAAGGACCAUGGUUUGGAACCCCAAAAGGACCAUUACACAUGUAUGGUUGAUUUACUUGGCCGAGCUGGUUGCCUUGAUGAAGCUAAGAAUUUAAUAGAAUCAAUGCCAAUGCAGCCUGACAGUGUUGUAUGGGCUUCUUUGCUUUCUGCUUGUAAAGUUCAUGGUAACAUUCAAUUGGGGAAAUUUGUGGCUGAGAAUCUUCUAGAUAUUGAUCCUGACAACUCUGGCCCUUAUGUUCUUCUCUCAAAUAUGUAUGCUGAGCUUAGGAGAUGGAGGGAUGUUAUAAGAGUUCGGAAGCUUAUGAGGCAACGAGGAGUUGUUAAACAGCCUGGCUGCAGUUGGAUUGAAAUACAGAGCCAGGUGCAUGUUUUUAUGGUGAAAGAUAAAAGACAUCAUCAAAGGAAGGAUAUUUAUUUACUUUUGAAAACACUAACUAAACAGAUGAAGCUAGCUGGAUAUGUCCCCGAUACUGGUGAAUUGGAGUCUGAUGAGGAGCAGAACAAUUCAGAUCUUACCCCUUCUGACCAUUUGGAAAUACCAGAAGUUGCUGUUGACAAGGCAGGUGGUAAGAAACAGAUCCAGUCAAUUGCACAAAAUCCUGUCAACCAUUACAAUUGCAAAUUUUAUGCUAAAUGCUGAUUUCACAACCAAAAGUACAAUGGAAAGAAAGGAUCUAUGCAAUGCAACCCACAUAGCUGGGAGAUUUGAUAGGCAUGCUCAGUUUGCUGCUCAUCUAAUCCAUCAUGGUGGUAAAUCCUUUAUUCUGAUCUAAUCUUGGAUUUUUCUUCUUCUUUUGUAAUCAACAAAAAGAAGGCAGAUUAUCCCCACCAAACUUCAUGCAGUGCUAUCCAGAAAGCAAGUUACAUAAGAAGAAGGCCUUGGUUGAGGGAAGUAUUGUUGAUCCGCUAAGAUCUUAGAAACAUGCAUAAUUAUGCAGUGAUUGCUGUUGUUGUUGGAUUGCUUCAAUGGAUUCAAUUGCAAACUCAACGACAUUGUGAUGAAGAGGAAUUUGCAAACCCAUCAGCCUCAGCUGCACGCUGAGCUGAUCAACCGUUCCAUGGUGCAAAACAGAGCCAUUAGCCAACAAAAGAAUGGAGUUGAACAACUUCACAAUUCUGAACCCGGGUUGGUG